CUUUGUCCUUACUUGGGCACUUUCACAUACCUAAAUCAAAUGCGUACAAGAGCCAGCCAGCCAAUGGUAUUCUUCUUCCUCAUGGAGGAGUUUUGACCAAUCGCAUAGCAUCUUUUUGGGAGGUGGAAUAUGGCGGCGCUAAUGUUAUGGAGUUUCCGCUACUCGUUUGCUUGCAUGCAAUCAGGCAAGGUAGCUAAGCUAGCGUCACGCUAGGCCUCCAGCAGACCAGCGACUGAGGGAGCAACGAGAUCAAACUACUGUCAGGAAGGAGACAAACAUCCCUUUGCAAGUCUGCAUGAGAACACGUAAAACCACACAAAUAUGGUGGUUCUCAAAAUUCGAGACCAGCCUGCUUUGCUGAAAGCCAUUUUCAACGUGGAUCCCGACGAAGUGCGAUCACUCAUAUUCAAAAAGGAGGAUGUGAAUGCACAGGACAAUGAGAAACGAACGCCACUGCAUGCUGCCGCCUACCUUGGAGAUGCAGAAAUUAUAGAGCUUCUGAUUCUUUCAGGUGCCAGAGUAAAUGCCAAAGAUAGCAAGUGGCUCACUCCUCUGCACCGAGCUGUUGCCUCCUGCAGCGAGGAGGCUGUGCAAGUGUUGCUCAAGCACUCUGCAGACGUAAACGCACGAGACAAGAACUGGCAGACGCCGCUACACAUCGCCGCGGCAAAUAAGGCGGUCCGCUGUGCAGAAGCACUCGUGCCACAGCUCAGUAAUGUGAACGUGUCGGAUAGAGCCGGCCGGACCGCGCUGCACCAUGCAGCCUUCAGUGGUCACCUGGAGAUGGUUCGGCUUCUGCUCUCCAGAGGGGCUAAUAUUAAUGCCUUCGACAAGAAGGACCGACGUGCAAUCCAUUGGGCGGCCUACAUGGGUCACAUUGAGGUGGUAAAGCUGUUGGCGUCUCAUGGAGCCGAAGUAGCCUGCAAAGACAAGAAAUCGUACACACCUCUUCACGCCGCUGCCUCCAGUGGGAUGAUCAGCGUUGUCAAAUACCUCCUGGACCUGGGGGUGGAUAUCAAUGAGCCCAACGCAUACGGCAACACGCCCCUCCACGUGGCCUGCUACAACGGGCAAGACGUGGUGGUGAACGAGCUCAUAGAGUGCGGGGCAAGCGUCAACCAAGUAAAUGAGAAAGGUUUCGCUCCUCUCCACUUUACCGCCGCUUCACGUCACGGCGCGCUGUGUCUGGAACUGCUUGUGUGCAACGGGGCCGACGUCAACAUCAAGAGUAAGGAUGGAAAGACUCCCCUCCACAUGACGGCUAUACAUGGAAGGUUCUCACGGUCUCAAGCGAUUAUUGAAAACGGUGCUGAGAUUGACUGCGAGGACAAGAACGGAAAUACGCCACUGCAUAUUGCUGCACGAUACGGACACGAGCUGCUCAUCAGCACACUUAUUACCAACAGAGCUGACACAGCUAAACGAGGGGUCCAUGGUAUGUUCCCACUGCAUCUGGCUGCACUUAGUGGAUUCUCGGAUUGCUGCCGAAAGCUUCUGUCUUCAGGUUUUGAUAUAGACACCCCUGAUGACUUUGGAAGGACGUGUUUACAUGCUGCAGCUGCUGGAGGAAACCUGGAAUGUCUCAAUCUACUUCUCAACACGGGGGCAGACUUCAAUAAAAAAGACAACUUUGGCAGGACUUCUCUGCACUACGCUGCUGCCAACUGUAACUACCAGUGUUUGUUUGCGCUGGUGGGCUCGGGGGCUAGCGUCAAUGACCUUGAUGAGAGGGGCUGCACUCCUCUCCACUACGCUGCUGCUGCUGACACAGAUGGAAAGUGCCUGGAAUAUUUACUGCGGAAUGAUGCACAUCCAGGGAUCCGAGACAAUCAGGGCUACAAUGCUGUGCACUAUGCCUCUGCGUAUGGACAUCGCCUGUGUCUGGAGCUGAUUGCAAGUGAAACCCCUCUAGAUGUGUUAAUGGAAACCUCAGGGACAGACAUCCUGAAUGAUUCUGACAUCAGAGCUCCUAUCAGCCCCCUCCAUCUUGCUGCUUACCACGGUCACCACCAAGCCAUGGAGGUCCUGGUGCAGUCUCUGUUGGAUCUGGAUGUGAGAAACAGCCAAGGACGUACGCCUCUAGAUUUGGCUGCGUUUAAGGGCCAUGUGGAGUGUGUAGAUGUUCUAAUCAACCAGGGUGCCUCCAUCCUGGUAAAAGACUUCACCUUAAAGCGAACCCCCAUCCAUGCUGCAGCUACUAAUGGUCACUCAGAAUGUUUACGGUUGCUGAUUGGAAAUGCUGAUCUUCAAAGCGCAGUGGACAUUCAAGAUGGUAACGGACAAACCCCUCUGAUGCUGUCAGUUCUAAGUGGACACACAGAUUGCGUGUACUCUCUGCUUAAUAAGGGAGCCAGUGUAGAAGCCAAAGACAAGUGGGGCAGGACGGCUCUGCAUAGAGGAGCUGUGACUGGCCACGAGGAAUGUGUGGAGGCCUUGCUGCAGCACAGUGCCAGCUUUCUGGUGCAAGACUGUAAAGGCCGCAUGCCGGUCCACCUGGCAGCAGCGUGUGGACACAUCGGAGUACUGGGAGGCCUGCUACAUGCUGCCCAAUCAGUGGAAGCACCUCUAGUGUUAACGGACAGCCAAGGCUACACACCGUUGCACUGGGCCUGCUACAACGGACAUGAUACAUGCGUGGAGGUCCUGCUGGAGCAAGAAGUUUUCCAAAAGGCUGAAGGAAAUCUCUUCAGCCCCCUCCACUGUGCUGUGAUCCGUGACAAUGAAGGUGCUGCUGAGAUGCUGAUAGACACCCUGGGUCCUGCCAUUGUCAAUGCCAAAGACAGCAAAAACAGGACACCCCUGCAUGCCGCAGCCUUCACAGACCAUGUUGAGUGUCUGCAGCUGUUGCUGAGCCACAGUGCUCAGGUCAGCGGUGUGGAUGCCGCGGGGAAGACCCCACUCAUGAUGGCUGCUGAGAACGGCCAGACCAACGCUGUUGAGCUGCUGGUAAACAGUGCAAAAGCAGAUCUCACUUUGCAGGAUGCUGUGAAGAACACGGUACUUCAUCUUGCCUGCAGUAAGGGACAUGAAACCAGUGCCUUGUUGAUAUUGGAAAAGAUUACAGACAGAAACCUCAUAAAUGCCACAAACGCCGCCUUGCAGACGCCUUUGCACGUUGCUGCAAGGAAUGGCCUGACUGUGGUGGUGCAAGAGCUACUUGCAAAGGGAGCCAGUGUCCUUGCAGUGGAUGAAAACGGUUACACACCCGCCUUGGCUUGUGCCCCUAACAAAGAUGUGGCAGACUGCCUCGCCCUCAUCCUGGCCACCAUGAUGCCUGUGUCCCCUUGCGCCCCGGCACCCACCCUUCCUUUCAGUGCCAUGAACCACUACACCACCAGCCCCUCCAAGAGUGCCACCUUUGACAGUCUCCCUGUGCUGCGUGGCCAGCACACCUCCUACUGCAGCUUCAACAACAUUGGCCAUCACGAUGGCUUCUACAAAGACGAGGAGCUCAACGACUCGGAUUCAGAGACGUACUGAAGGACGGGACAGUGCGCUACAACACACACACACACACACUGUGUCUUAAAAUUCACCCAUGGCCAGCUUGGGAGGGUAGAAGAGAUGAGGCCCCUGCAGGAGCCUUGAAACUCAUCCCCUCCCGACCUCAUUCAGCACCAGGUGUCCUUCCAGCUGAAAAAGGCUAUACUGGCCCACUACUGAGUGACUGCACUCUAUAGGCAUACAGCGACCUUUUUACUGCAAUAACAUGCUGAUGAAGGACGGUAGCACCUCAUGGAAGGCUAAACCAGCAUGGACCAAAUGAUGCAGAUGCAUUUUAACCCAAUUAAUUGUGUAAAUGAGAUUGUCAGGUUAUUUCAUUUUAAUUUUUGUUCCGUUAUUGUGUUUCCUGCAGGGGUGUGCAACUCCUUUUUGAGAUGUGUGAAUUAAGUGAUUGAUUUCUGCACACUGUCAUUCAGAAUGCACUUGUCCUUCAAGUCCGUGCAUCACACAGGAGUUUAAGAUCAAUUUUUAAAAUAUAAUGCCCCCUCGAAAAGAAAGAAAUUACACUUAGUAAACCGAUUUAUUUAAAAGUAAUUAUUUACAUCAGAUUAUUUUUAUGUUGAUCAGCCUCACCUUGUGUAUCGACCUGUCCAUUGCAGUUUAGUAUAAAGAAUAAAUUAUUUGUGUACUUUUGGGUCUUAUGUGCUGGUUUUGUGCCUUCAUUAGUUAUUGAGGAAGGGUCUGUAGAGACAGCUGUGAAAGCACAGUGAGUCGUGCUAGGUACGGGUAAGUAAAGCAUUUCUGAGAACUUCUAAGAACUGCGUUUAUGUUGAGGCACCAGAGGCUCCACCUUGCUAGGUGAAACACUGUAACAAGGAUAGAAUACACUUCUAAGAACUGCGUUUGUUGAGGCACCAGUGGCUCCACCUUGCUAGGUGAAACACUAACAAGGAUAAAUACACUUUGAAUUACUUUUGUGUGACUUGUCUUGCAGUGUUUUUAUCAGGUUCUGCUUGUUUAAUGAUUUGAAAAGAACUUUAAUCUCCCACUAUUGAAAUUCCCCCAACUUCUUCUCAUAGUCACUUCAACCUGCAAAUAUGUACAUUCGUUGGAUUCCUUGUGGUUGGAUAUAAUUACAAUGUAUAUACAAAAAAAAGAUAACUGGAGUCUAAGUUGCAAUGGAUUAUUUCAUUACUGAGAUUGGUGUAUAUUUUAUGAGUAAUAAUUUGGUAAUUUAAUAAUUCUGGAUCAUUGAGUGUAUUAUUGUACUUGAAACACAUUUAAGUUAGUAAUAGACAUCACAGUUGCAAAAGCAGUCAUAUUUCCUUGUCAUUUUUAUUCAAGGGUGCAAAUACUUAUACCUGUCC